AUGUCGGUGGAGUUAAUGCGGGUAACCGCUCGUGUGCGCCCUUCAGCGUCCCGACGGCCACAAGAACGGGUAAUAGAGAUUAUUGACGACAAAAACGUAAGAUUCGAUCCAAAAAACCCCAGAGAAUUCACCUUCGAUGCUGUUUUCGGAGAAGAAGUUGGCCAGGAGCAGUUGUACAAUCAAGUGGCAAGUCGAAUAAUAGAUGGGUGCAUCAGUGGCUAUAAUGGGACAAUCUUCGCUUACGGACAAACCGGGUCCGGAAAAACACACACGAUGUUGGGAGCGCAACAUGUGAAAGACUUGACGAAUCGCGCUCAACGCGGCAUUAUUCCUCGCGCGUGUGAAGCCCUCUUUCAAAAAUUGUGUACGAAAGCUGCUGAGAAAGGCGACAGCUUCAAAUAUGAAGUUUGGUGCAAGUUUGUGGAGCUUUACAAUGAGGAAUUUUUUGAUCUAUUAGACAAUUCACAGACAAAAGUGACCCUUCGCAGCAAUGAGACUACCGUGCAGAUUCUCGGAGCAACAGAACAUGUAGUUAAAUCCAGCAUGGAAAUGAUGAAGAUUGUGCAACUUGGGCGGAACGCACGAAGAACGGCGGAAACAGCGAUGAAUCGUCAAUCAUCCCGUUCGCAUGCGAUUUUCAUAGUAGAAAUAAAAACCGAAGAAGUAUUAAAUAACAUCGUAAAUAAAAGAACAGCCACCUUGAAUCUUGUGGAUUUGGCUGGUUCAGAGCGUCAGAGUCAGGCGAAGACUAGCGGGACGCGUCUUCGAGAAGCAACCAAAAUUGAUUUGUCUUUAAGUCAUCUCGGCAGAGUGAUACGAACGUUAGCCAAGGCUAAACAAGAGACUCAUGUCUCCUACCGCGACUCCAAGUUAACACACUUAUUGCGUGACUCUCUAGGAGGGAACAGCCGCACAGUGGUGAUCGUGAAUCUUCACCCUGACGUCAGAUUUUACACUGAAAGUUUAUCUGCCCUACAAUUUGCGUGCGAUUGCAAGAAAGUCGAGAAUCGGAUACACGCAAACGAGAAUUUAUGCGGUGAUACAGUCUCGGCUUAUAAGACUGAAAUCAAAAGACUCCGUGAAGAAUUGGGCUCCGCAGAAGGAAGGAUCAGAGCAGAAAUGGAGAAAAAGGUGGCUGCGAUUCAAGAAGAGUUAGAAAAGUGGAAGCAGUCAUCUAUAGAUCGUGAACGAGCUUUGAUCGAAGCGCAAUUGCAGCGCGAUUCAUUCGCUGCUCGUCUCACUGACCCCGCCAGUGAAGAAGCAAAGAUCUGGAACGAUCUCAAGGAAAAACUGCUUGAAAGGAUUGAAUGUAUACAGGAUUACGAAGGGUUAUCAAAGGCACAGCUUGAAAUCGACUUGUCAAGUGCUUUGCGGCAGCUAGAUACAAUGCGAGUGCGCUUAGAGAUGUCUGAGGCAUCGAAAAAUGCUCUAAAUGAAAAAUAUAAUAAAGUUUUGGAGGAGCGGAUAAACACGCUGUUAUCGCCGUUAAGGAGGCUAAACAUAAGUGGUGCGCAAAAAAAACGAUUCGACACAGCAGCACAGAAGAAAAAGGAUCAAACAAUGUUACGAAUAAAGUGCGCAAAUUGUGGGUUCGAAGCAUUUAGACCACUACAUUUUGAUGAGAGCACGGAGAAUUUCGAUGGAAAAGAAGAAACGGCUGAGGAACGAAAACUUUUGCGCCUCGAAGUCGAUAACAGCCGCCUUUCGCAAAGCCUUUCGCAAAAGAACUCUCAGAUUGAAAGCCUGUCAAUAAAACAAAAAGAGCAGGCGAAAGUGUGGUUAAAAGAAAAGCGUCUAUUACGCAAAUCUGAAACGUCACUGAAAAUGGAGCUGGAGCGUGUAGAUCUGGAAAACUCUAGACUUCGGGAGGAUUUAGCAACAGCAAAUAAGCUGAACGACGCUCUUAGUCUCAAGAUUUCUAUUGCGAACGACGAGAAAUGUCAGCUGAAACAUGAGAUUGACGCUUUGCAAUGGGAGAGGGAUGACUUCGAAGAAAAAGUUCGAAUUCUUGCAAAUGACCAUAAACAAUAUAUCGAACUUCGUGCUACACCGGAAGCUAGCAAUGAAACUGGUUUAGAAUUGAACUGCUUACCGAGUUCUUCAGAAGCACAUUCACCACCUAGAGAUGCCGAGCUCAAGCACGCCUGCCAAUACUGCUCUAAAAAAUUUGGAAAAAGGUGUUUAUUGCGAAAGCAUACAUAUGUGCAUGCUGCCGUGAAGCAUUUCGAAUGUGGUGUUUGUGGCCGUAAAUAUAAGCAUUUGACUUCACUGAGAAAACACCAGUUGGGGUGCUGCGAGGGACAAAAUCUGUAA